AUGGGCCCAGAUGGAUGCAAUCUGUUUAUAUAUCAUCUACCUCAAGAGUUCACAGACAAUGAACUGAUCCAGAUGUUUGCCCCAUUCGGGCAGUUACUUUCAGCCAAGGUCUUUGUCGAUCGAGCCACUAAUCAAAGCAAAUGUUUUGGCUUUGUUUCAUAUGAUAAUCCAAAUUCUGCUACGACCGCUAUCCAAUCUAUGAAUGGUUUUCAGGUUGGAAUGAAACGUUUGAAGGUGGGUUUGCGUGUAGUCAUAUACAUAAUGUUUAAAAUCUCCGUUAGUUUGAAUAUUAGGUCACCACUAAUUUCAGGUGCAGCUGAAGAAACCUAG